GGGAAGGAGGUGCAAACAAGUACCCGCCUAAUCCAGCGGCCCCGGGCGGGCCUGCAGGCGCGCGCAGGGUCGCGCGCCAGACCUCCGCGCCGCCUCCAGCACGCACCACAGGCGGCAGCAGCAGCAGCAGCAUGGCUGCCUGCGGGGGCAGCGCCAGCGCCCAACCUGGGCACGGCCUCGCCGACAGCUGCGUCCACCGCGCCGCCGGGCGCGCGGGGCACGAGACCCCGCCCGCGCCCCGCCGCGCGACGGCCGGCAGUUGGCGACCCCAGGCUUGGCCACACCGCCGAUGGGCGGCGCGCCAGGGGGGGCGCUGCCAGGCUGAGCCCCCGUGUACAGAUAUGCUGCUGCGGUCUGGUCUUCGAUCUUCGACGCCGACGGGAGGGCAUGGUCGCCACGAAGGGAAGGUCAUUCCGCCGAUUCGAUUCCUCCCGACUCGGCUGCCGAUUGCCGCCGACCCGUAUCAUGAUCCGACUUAUCGAUUUUCUGGGCUCGCCCGGGGGAGCGGCGGCAGCAUCUGCAGAGGCUGGCGGCCUGCGAGAGGCAGCCCUUGGCGAGCGCGCGCCCUGAAAUCUGCAGGGCGCGGCAUCCCGCGGCACGAGCUGACGCCGCCCGAGGGUGCGACUCGCAAAUCGAA